UGUAAGUUUUCUACAAAGCAAAUAUUUUACUGAUAACAGAUAAUGGGUUGUUGAUGUUUCCAAGGAAGAAAUCACAGGACCCAAUUACAUUGCGUGUAGGAAGGAACAGCAGAUACUGGUUUACACCGAAGAUAGACACAAAAUGUUGGAGUAACUCAACGGGUCAGGCAGCAUCUCUGGAGAAAAGGAAUGGGUUGAGACCCUGCAUCAGACUCAGAAAAGAAACAGAUGAUAUUUCGGGUCGAAACCAUCCUUCAGACAUUAGACAGGGACUUUACUACUUUUGUGGCUGGGAGUGAUUUAAAUCCUCUUGUUCGGUCACUGUUCCCUUACACCAAUGAAACCGUUCCCAUGUUCUGACUGUGGAAAGAACUUCAAGCAAUCAAGUGAUCUCAUAAAACACAAGCGGGUUCACACAGGGGAGAAGCCGUUCACCUGCUCCGAGUGCGGGAAGGGGUUUACUCAGUCGUCCUCUCUGCUGACGCACCAGCGGGUCCACAGGGGGGACAGACUGUUCACCUGCUCCGAGUGCGGGAAGAGGUUCAGUCGAUCAUCGUCCUUGCUAACCCACCAGAGGGUCCACACUGGGGAGAGGCCGUUCACCUGCCCCGACUGCGGGAAGGGAUUCACUGAGUCAUCCAGCCUGUUGAGGCACCAGCGGGUCCACACUGGGGAGAGGCCGUUCACCUGCUCCGAGUGCGGGAGGAGGUUCAGUCGGUCAUCGUCCUUGCAGACGCACCAGCAGGUCCACACUGGGGAGAGGCCGUUCACCUGCUCCGAGUGUGGGAAGCGGUUCACCCGCUCUUCCAGCCUCAUCACGCACCGGCUGAUCCACGCCAGCGAGAGGCUGUUCGCCUGCCCCGAGUGUGCAAAGCGGUUCUCUCAGUCGUCCCGGCUGGCGGCUCACCUGCGAGUCCACACCGGCCACAGGCAGUUCAUCUGCCCAGAGUGUGGCAACGGGUUCGACCAGUCAUCCCACCUGGUGGCCCACCAGCGCAUCCACACCGGGGAGAAGCCAUUCAUCUGUGCCAAGUGCGGCAAGAGAUUUGCGUGGUCCUCCAGCCUGAGGAGGCACCAGCGGGUCCACACCGGGGAAAAGCCCUUCACCUGCUCCGAAUGCGGGAAGGCGUUUUCCCAGUCUUCCGACCGACUCAUGCACCAACGUAAGCAAGUCCACGCUGUGGAGAGGCCGUUUACCUGCACCGUGUGUGGGAAGGGGUUCGCUCAGUCGUCCGGUCUGGUGAAACACCAGCGAUAUCACUCUGCGGAGACCCCCUUCAUCUGCCCGCAAUGUGGGCAGGAAUUCACUCGGUCAUCCAGCCUGAUGAGGCACCAGGAGGUCCACACCGGGGAGAGGCCGUACACCUGCACCGAAUGCGGGAGGGGCUUCACCCGCUCCUCCAGCCUGAUGAGGCACCAGCUGGUCCACACCGGGGAGAGACCCUUCACCUGUUUUGAGUGCGGGAGGGGAUUCACUCGCUCCUCCAGCCUGAUGAGGCACCAGCAGGUCCACACUGAGGAGGGACCCUUCAUCUGCACCGACUGCGGGAAGGGCUUCAGCCGGUCGGCCAACCUGCUGACCCACCAGCGGGUCCACACUGGUGAAAAACUGUUCAUCUGCACCGAGUGCGGGAAGGGCUUCACCCAGUCGUCCAACCUGCUGACGCACCAGCACAUCCACACCGGGGAGAGGCCGUUCACCUGCUCCGAGUGCGGGAAGGGAUUCACCCGCUCGUCGGACCUGAUCAUACACCAGCGGAUCCACACCGGGGAGAGGCCGUUCACCUGCACCGAGUGCGGCAAGGGCUUCACCCAGUCGUCCAACCUGCUGAGGCACCAGCGGGUCCACACCGGGGAGAGGCCGUUCACCUGCGGCGAAUGCGGGAGAGAGUUCACCCGGUCCUCCCAUCUACUGAGACACAGACGAGUGCACGCUGAAGGGAAUGUUUAACCAUUAGCCGAGACACCAGUGAAUGACUGCCAGUGUUUGAUUCUGCCAUUACUGCCUCUGUUCAUCACACCCAGGACUGAUUCUUGGUCACUGGGCACAGUCGGGGUCUGUUUAUGCUGAUAUUAAUCGCCCCUGUAACUGGGCUGGAGUUUAAUGUUCUGCAUCUGUCACAUAUAAAUCUUUUAUGGUUGAAA